AUGUCCAAGAAGACUUUGAUUGGUGAAGCACAUAGUUUCGAUCAUAUAGUAAGUCUACCAACUUCUCUCCUCAUGAAUGAUGACACCAAAUACUUUGGAGGAUUGUGUGUUGCCUUGGGCUUGAGGACCUCUGUGAAGGCCAAUGAGUUCCUAGAGGACAAUAAUAGGUGGAAAGAUUGGUUCAAAUGGAUGAUACGUGCAGAUCAGAAGGAGUUUCCAUAUGAAAGAACCACUUGGCUAAAAAUACUUGGGCUACCUCUUAGAUUUUUUGACGAGGAGAACUUCUCCAAAAUAGCCGAGAGAUUCGACAAAGUUAUCUUCUCGUUCAUCAAGUUAUAG